CAGAAGUGCAAGUGGUUAGUGCUGAACAAUGUUAUGAGAGAGAGCAAUGGAGGUGUGCAGGAAGACAUGACAGCAGGAUUGAUUCAAUAGACAACAAAUACUUGUGAGAGGGAAGAGGAAGCAAUUUAGGUUUAUGAGAAGAAACCGAUAACGUUGACAAAGCAAGUGAAACUUUGGGUACAACUGAAAUAUGAGUGAGUCCAGUAUUUGCCAGGUGAGGGCAACAGUUAUGCUGUACAAUGACUCCAGCAAGCGUUGGGUGCCAGCAGGAUCUGAGAGUCCUUCCUUCAGUCGCGUCCAGAUCUAUCACAACCCUGCGGCCAACACCUUCAGAGUGGUGGGCCGCAAACUGCAGGCCGACCAGCAGGUGGUGAUCAACUGUCCCAUUAUCAAAGGGACGAAGUAUAAUCAAGCCACACCAAAUUUUCACCAGUGGCGAGAUCCCAAACAGGUGUGGGGGCUGAACUUUGGCAGUAAAGAGGAUGCUGCUCUGUUUGCUAAGUCCAUGAUGCAUGCAUUAGACACUCUCAAUGCACCGGCGAGCACAGGCCCAGCUCAGAAUGGACCCUCUGCACAGGAACUGGAAAACCAGAAAAGACUAGAGCGUCAGAAGCAGGAGCAGCAGGAGAAAGAGCGUAUGGAGAGAGAGAGGCAGGUCUCCAGUUCUGCAUCUGUCCCUCCUGCUCCUCCUGCCCCACCCGCCCCACCAGCACCCCCACCACCUCCAGGCCCACCACCUCCCUCUGGACCUUGCCCACCUGCACCUCCACCACCUCCUCCUGGGGGCAUGGCCCCACCUGCACCACCCCCACCCCCUGCAGGAGGAAGCGGAGGUGGAGGGGCAAAUGAUCUGGCUGCAGCUCUGGCAGGAGCCAAACUGCGUAAAACAGUCAAGGAUGAGGGAGGAGCAGCAGCCCCAGCCCCCAAACCAGCAGCCUCAUCUGGUGGAGGCGGAGGAGGUGGUCUAAUGGGAGAAAUGAGUGCCAUCCUUGCUAGGAGGAGGAAAGCUGCUGACAGUCCUGCUGCUAAAAAGGAAGAACUUAGUAAUGAGGAGUCUGACUCCUCAGCAUCAAAAUCCUCAGCACCAAGAGAAAUCAAGGAAAAGUCCAAGGAAACAUCUGCCACUAUGCCAAGGCCCAGAUCUUUAACCAACAAUCAAAAGGACACCAGCCCAAGUUCUCCCUCCUCUAACUCAUCCACUACCCCAGUGUCCAGGAUGAAGGUGGAGAAAAGGAAUUCAGAUGGCGCAGGAAAUUAUGUUGAUAUGGAUCAAAUCAAACAGGAAAUCCUUGAGGAAGUGAAAAAAGAACUUCACAAAGUGAAGGAGGAGAUUAUCACAGUGCUGAUCAAGGAGCUACAGAGUGCACAACUCAAAGGUGAAGACUCUUGAGCUACUGAGGACUGGAAUAUAAAAAUAUAAAAUACUUUUUUUUCAUUCAGUGCUCAGGCAAUUUCAUAUUUUUACCCAAGAGAAAUCAUAUGUUAUUUUUACAAAGUCAAAACAGGCAACAACAAUAAACUGAUUUGUAUG